AUGAAGGAUCGGCUGAGCGUGCAUGUGGAGGAGGUCGCUCCCCUAGACGAGGAGGGGAGGGAAGACAGAGGAACGGAAGAGAGGGAGCAGGAAGAGGACAAGGACAAGGAUGGGGUGAGGUGGGAGAAGGUGGAAGUGGAGGGGGAAGCGAAGGGAGAAGAGGAGGAGGGGAGGGAGGGAGAGUACGUGAGAGUGAUCCUAGUAGAUCGCGUUGCAAGGCCAAGGGGUGAAGCACAGACAGUCAGCCAGCGACGCCCUGCCAGCCAUGCCGAGCAAUCUCUCGCGGGGCGAGCGAGGGCGGUUCUGGCCAUGAGCAUGGGGAAGGCCAAAGAGGAGGAGGGGCAGGAGGAGACCGAUGGGGAGGCGGUAUGGGAGUGCUUGAACCUGUUCAGGCACGAGAGGAGCUACCGGAGGAGAGACCUGAUCCGCUCAGGCUUCUUCCGCAAGCUCAUGGCUGGUGACUUCUCCUCCGCCAACCAGCUCCAGAUCUCCAUCAGGGACGGCUGUACCAACGCUGAUGCGAUGGCGGCGGCCCUGGACUACCUAGAGGCGAAACAGCUGCUGACAGGAGACUUCGACAGCUUCCAGGUGUUCGUAGCCUCUCGGCUACUCAUCAUCCCAGAUCUCUCCCAGCAGGCAGCCCAGGAGAUCGCCAGCUGCCUGGGCGCGGCGAACAUUCUGCGAGCGAUGCACCAUGCUCGAGAGUACCACUCCGUCGAGCUGCAGAGGGGGAUGCUGGUGGACUCGUCGGCGCACCAGGAGCUGCUGGCGCAGCUGAGAAACCUCCCGCACGACUCUUUCAGGGAGCUGGUGGUGAGCAGGAGGAAGCGGGUGGAAAGGUACUACCAUCCCCUGCCCGCGUACAAGAUGUGCGUCAUUCGGAGGACCAAGAGCCCAGAGAAGAGCUGGGCUGUGUACAAGCUCUACGAGGAGCACACUAUGGAGUUUCAGCUGUCAGCUGCUCGAGAUCUCAAGACUGGGGACAUCGUCGUCACCACGGACGAGAACCUCUCCCAGACUCCCCGGGGCAUCCACAGCGAUCAUGUCGUAGCUGUCCUCCACUCCAACACCUUCGAGACUCACUUCACCCUCUUCGACAACGGGAUCAACAACAGCCGCCUCCUCCUCAACCUCCCGGGCUGUCAGAGGCGGGAGCUAGGAAGCAUCCAGUACGACUCCUCGCUCCUCCACCACGGCCCAAGGAGCAUCCUCUGCGUGUUUGCAGAGUUCCCCUGCAGCCAGAGCGCUGCGGACGAUUUUGUUGGGGAAGAGGAGGGAGAGAGUGCUGGCGACGACUCUCCUCCUCCUCCAUCCCACCAUGACAAGACACGCUGGGGCAGGCCGGAAGGGUUUCUUCAGAAGCAGCUUCAUGCUACGACGGUGAACGAAGGAGUCGUGAAGCUGCACAACCUUGCGCCGAAGUGGAACGAGAAGACAGGAGCAUACAGCCUGGACUUCUACAAGCGUGUCAGGGUAUCGUCCUUUCUCUUCCCCUACUCGUCAUCUUGCACCCCUUGCUGA